AUGAGUGCAUGCAACUCUUCUGGUCGACACGUCAGCCCUGCUGCCGCUCUUAAGUACCAGAUAGGGUCACUCUUGCCUCAUCGACGCGCCAGUGAUGAAUUUCCACUGCCUUUUAUUCAAUCUGAGUACAUUCCCGCUGCAAUUACGCCUUUUCUUCAGCCACAUACUGCAGCCAAAGCCGAGGCUGUUGCUUCGCUGGAAUACUAUUCUUCCUCCUCCGCCUCCCAGCUUCUAAGCGAAGCUGAAGAGUAUUCGCUAAAAGUUAGUUCUGCUCCCAGAACACCCGAAAAAGUGCCCACUCAGUUUCCGUCAUCGUUAGCUUCGGAGACUUCCAAUGCAAACAUAUCUCGAGUCUCAGCUUCUUUGCAUAUCCUUCUACACAAUGACUUUGAUCGAUCCCUAUGUUUCUAA